AUGUACCUAUGGUCCGUGCUCUCUGCUGGUAGGUCGUCUAUACCCCAAUGGAAGAUGCAGGGCCUGGUUGGUGUUGUUGGCCUUGGCGAAGGCGGAGUGAUCGGCCUUGGAGAGGGCGGUGCUGAGGAGAGGAGAUUUGGCAGUUCUGAAGCAAAUGUGUUACCUAGGCAAGAGGUUAUUAGUAGACUCAGAGAUAGGUCAGAGCCAAUCUCGCUUUUUGGAGAAUCUGAGCUGGAUGCAUUCAGGACGUUGAGGCGUUGCGAGAUAUUGGAACCAGAAAUUAGUAAGGGAUUCAAGAAUGAUUUCCAAAAAGCCAUGGAGCAGGUGGAUCAGGAAUAUCUGGAUGAAUUGAUUUCUCGAGCUGGCUCGAACAAGAGCAAGGUUGCUUCAGAGAACAAAAGUCAGGAGGAGGAACUGAAGAGCUAUGAUGAGAUAAAGGAGAUGACUGUGAAGAUGAGAAAAGGUUACAGGGACUACGAUAUGACUGUAAUCAUGAAAGUUUCUUUUGAAAAAUGUGGCAAUAUCAAUUGCAAACUCGGUCCGCACAAGAGAAACGGGGAACCAAGGGAAAACGGGGCCACCUGUACCAAAAAUGAUUUAUAA